AUGUGCUACUGGAGUGUCGAAGAGACCGCACCUCUCGGCCGCGCGGCGCUGAGCGGGUUCACGCGGCUGUCCAAGGGGCUGGCGGUGGUGCUGCUGAUGGGCUACGUCAUCUCGCUGCUGCCCUCCGCGCACACCGCCUUCGCGCUGCUGCCCGGCAGGCAAGUGCCGCCCGCACAAGUUGGCCUUGUGUUAUCCCCCUCCUGUGUUCACACAUGCUGGCCCUCUCCCUGCGUCCUCCCUUCAGCCUCAUGCCAUGCGUGCAAGCUCUUAGCAGGCUUCCCCCCUCCCCCACCCAUCACCACCUCCGUCACUCUCUCUCAUUCGGCCUUCAUCGCCCCCAUCCCUCCCAUCCGUGCGCGCAGGACCAUCCCCUUCGCCUGGAAUCUCGUCACAGCGGGCCUCUUUGAGCGCCACCUCUUCACUGUGAGUGUGACGCCUGCCAGCUCGCAGCAAGGGUUGAAGGGCAUCCGCCGCGCCUCUAUAACAUCCGCGUUUUGGGUAGUGGGGCGUUCUAGUGAGCGCCAUCUCUUCACGGUGAGAAACUCAAGCUUGUUCCCACGUGGGCGGCACCUGUUGGCUCUGCGCACUGCUUGUUACUCUGCUUGUUACUCUGCUUGUUACUCUGCUUGUUACUCUGCUUGUUACUCUGCUUGUUACUCUGCUUGUUACUCUGCUUGUUACUCUGCUUGUUACUCUGCUUGUUACUCUGCUCCACCCGCGCCCCUCCACCCACGCCCCUCCACCCGCGCCCCUCCACCCGCGCCCCUCCACCCGCGCCCCUCCACCCGCGCCUCUCCACCCGCGCCCCUCCACCCGCACCCCCUCCACCCGCACCCCCUCCACCCGCGCCCCUCCACCCGCGCCCCUCCACCCGCGCCCCUUCACCCGCGCCCCUCCACCCGCGCCCCUCCACCCGCACCCCCUCCACCCGCACCCCCUCCACCCGCACCCCCUCCACCCGCGCCCCUCCACCCGCGCCCCUCCACCCGCGCCCCUUCACCCGCGCCCCUCCACCCGCGCCCCUCCACCCGCACCCCCUCCACCCGCGCCCCUCCACCCGCACCCCCUCCACCCGCGCCCCUCCACCCGCACCCCCUCCACCCGCGCCCCUCCACCCGCGCCCCUCCACCCGCACCCCCUCCACCCGCGCCCCUCCACCCGCACCCCCUCCACCCGCGCCCCUCCACCCGCGCCCCUCCACCCGCACCCCCUCCACCCGCGCCCCUCCACCCGCGCCCCUCCACCCGCGCCCCUCCACCCGCACCCCCUCCACCCGCGCCCCCUCCACCCGCACCCCUCCCCCCUGCAGCUGGUGCCGGACGUGGCAGCACUGCUGUUCCUGGGGCGGCUGCUGGAGCCGGUGUGGGGGUCGCGCUCACCACCGUGUGCACCUUCAUCGCCAUGGUCACCGCCUACUACUUCACCUUCCAGGGAUACUUCCUGUACGAGCCGAUAUCGGGGUUCCACGGGGUGGUGGCGGGGCUGCUCGUGGGCGUCAAGCAGCUCAUGCCCGAGCAGGACAUCACCCUCGCCUAUGUCCUCAAGUUCCGCGCCAAGUGGCUGCCGUCGCUCUUCGUGCUGUUGACGGUGGUGCUGUGUUUCUGCAUCGGCCACUACCGGCAGCUGCUGCCCUUCAUCCUAUUCGGCACAUACACCAGCUGGGCCUAUCUGCGUUUCUUCCAGCCCAAGGGCGACAGCGGCCUCAAGGGCGACCCCACCGACGACUUUGCCUUCGAGACCUUCUUCCCAGAGGCACUCAGACCGGUGGUGGGCACUGUAGCAACCAUUCUCGGGCGGCUGCUGUGCGGGCGGCGGGUGGAUCAGGCGGCGGUGGUGGAUGAGGACGAGCUGCUGGCGGCCGGCAAGCCGCUGCCCGGCUCCGACCCGGCUGAGGCCUCCCGGCGCAGGGAGAGGGGAGCAAGGGCGCUGGAGGAGAGACUGGCCAAGGCAGCAGAGGCGGCAGCUGCGGGAGCUGCGGGUGCUGGGGGCUCUGCUGUUACCGGCGCCGCUGCUGCUGGUGCCCCCUCUGCUGUUACAACGGGCGCUUCCCUUGGGCCGACUGAGCGGAGUGCCUCCAGUGGAAACCUGGCGGACAAGGUGUGA